CUCUUAUUCUUAGGAAUAAUUGACAUGGCGAGAAUGCUGCUCCAUUGAGAAAUGGAAAAGUUUAUACAAAGAGCUCAACGCAUUCUGCCCUCAAACGCAGCAGUUGGUAGACUUGGUUCAAUAGAAUUGAAUUUAUGGCUGGCACAUUUGGUUGGGUUGCCUCUAACGGGCCUGAAGAAGGAGACGCGUCUACAGAAAUACUGGAUACUACUACUUGGAUUCUGUGUGCAGUUUGCGCUCUUCUGCUAUGUUGGAUUUGAGUUAUAUGAUCUGUGCUUCGUUUGGACCAAUGUGGACUUAAUGACACAAAAUGUGGUCUUGUCACUCACACAUGUGGCCUACAUACUGAAGGUGAUAAAUACGUACUACCACUAUGAUAGCCUAAAGGAUAUUGUUGCUAAGCUAAGCGCUAUAACUCGAGAAGCUGUUCUAUCCGAAAAACAGGUGCACACUUUUUUAAAAUCUGAGAUGAAAGGCAAGAUGGUAAUGCUUAUGUAUUUUCACCUGGUGCUACUGCCGGGUAUAAUGGGCCUGGUUUGGGUGCUUUUCUUUCCAGACGGCUUGGCUGGUGAUCGCUUUCCCUACAGAGUGCGCAUACCAGACUUUUUGUCACCCACUGUACAAUAUUUCUAUAUGGGAAUAUCAGUUGCUCUUCUGGCGUUAUGUACUACAACUGUGGACUAUCUCAACGUAUUGCUUAUGGGCCACAUUUGCAUGCAUCUCAAAGUGCUCAACCUGUCCUUCGACGAACUCAACAACACUAAAGUGGAUCCUUACAGUUGGUUGGUCUCCAUUGUUAAAUACCACUGCGAACUGAUUGUUUUGCGCCAAAAGGUGGAGCGCAUUUAUAGUUUGCCUGUCAUGCUGCAGUUUGUCUCAUCAGUUGUAAUCGUGGCCAUGACAGCGUUUCAAGUGCUGGUGGGUGAUGGAUCAAAGAGCUCGGUUAUUAUGGAUCUACUGCUCUCUCUACUUUGCUUAAUUGUGUCAGUUUGUUGA